UGAGGUUCACCCCGCAACAGCUCGGCAGUGCGGUGGCACGCCGGCGGUUCAGCCUGACAUGUCCGCUGGGCUCCAGCAAUACGAGGCAAACUUUAGCAAAGUGUCCGGCUGCCCCCUUUUCCACGGCCGUUAACGGGCACGGCGUCUGUUUGAAAACUUGAGCGUUUCGUCACUCGGUAGUUACAGUGACCCGCGCGGAGUCGUGAUUCACCGUGAAUUUCGUGACGGCUAAUUGCCAUGGAAACAGCGCUGCUGCACUGAGAGGAAACUGUCCGUGUUAACUUCAGCCUUUUCCAACAGGGUCGGACAAACCUGUUGGAUACCUUUUUUUGUUUAUUUAUUUUUUCUAAUUUAUUCUUUUUUUCUUGGCAUUACUUUUUUUUAAAACUGUAAUUUGACAGCCGACCAGGUGAGGACCAUGGAGCAUAAAACUGAAAAGAGGUUCCACAACCUGACCCACGACCAAGUCCAGGCUCUCGACAAAGUGCUGACUGAGGUGAUCCCGAUCCACGGGCGAGGAAAUUUCCCCACUCUGCAGGUGAGGGCUAAAGACAUCAUUCGUGUGGUGAAGGACCGACUGGUGGAGAGGGACAUCCAGGUUAAAGACAUACGCCUCAACGGGGCGACCGCCAGCCACGUCCUGGUGAGAGAUAACGGCCUGGGCUACAGAGACCUGGACAUCAUAUUCGGAGUAGAGCUGCCCAGGCAGGAGGACUUCCAGGUGAUCAAGGAGGUGGUGCUGGGCAGCCUGCGGGAUCUCCUCCCCUGUGGGGUUAACAGACGGAAGAUCACCUGCCUCACCAUGAAGGAGGCAUACGUGCAAAAGAUGGUGAAAGUGUUCAACGAGCACGACAGGUGGAGCCUGAUCUUGCUCUCCAACAACAGGUCCAAAACGGUGGGGCUCCGAUUUGUCAGCUCCCUCCGGAGACAGUUUGAAUUCAGCGUGGACUCCUUUCAGAUAAUACUAGACCGCAUGCUGGAGUCUUACUGGGAGAACGACAGGAGAGAAGAAGGAAAGCUGGCACUGAACGCCAGGUAUUCAUCCAAGGGAGCCAACGGCAAAGAAAACAACAAGACAGAAGAGCAAUCAGGCAGUCCGCAAGACGUCGAUGAAGAGGACGCUGAAAAAGAUGGAGCGAUGGCAACGAACGCAGACCCCCCGAGGCCGGAAGAAGCCGCGUCUGCGUUUGAGCUUCCAGAUAAAGAAAGCGAGGGUGCGGAUGGCCAGCAUGAGGUGAAGGGAGCCGAGGGGAACGGCUUGCAGCAGGUAGAGGAAGGUGUAGGUGGCGGAGGGAGCGUCCAUCCAGAGGCAUUCGAGCUUUGUGAGGAAAGAGCAGAACAGAAACAACUGUUUGCUGGCGACUAUCCCUCGGAUGCGCCGCCCAAAACUGUAUUCCCUGAUGCAAGGGAUCCACUGACGACACGUUCGUGUUUAAAACCACAGGCGACCGGAGAAGCGCCUCCGACAAACACCGAAAAGCCAAUUUCCCAAGAAAUGGCCAGUUUUGAAGCAAGUACAACGUUGGAAGCGAACAUCAAAAACAUCAAGACUGAAAGCAGCCCGACUCGACAAGACUCACGUUGUGAAUACUCCUUUCCUCCCCCGGCUAAAAAAACUUGCAGCACAUCGCAGGACAUCGUGCCAGACUACUGCCCUUCCCCGAAGCUGCAAAGGAAAAUGUCACGGAAGCUGAUCAGCCAGCCUGAAAAGUGGUCCUUACUGACGGACGUGUCAGACAUCACGACGCAGCUCUUUCCGCCAAUCGAGAUAGUGAAACCUCUUCAGCCGAAACACCCUGUACUGGAAAGCGUAGAAACAUGUGGCUCUAAUGUUUUAUGCGCUGAGGCAGAACACUCUAAGGGUAAAGACGCCCCUACUGUUCUCCCUUACAGUCCGGAACGCACCCCUCCGACAGGCGCAGGUUCCUGCGAGCCCGCCGAACAAACGGUGAAGCCCAAACACUCCAAGAAGCCUCCUGAUUUAAAGAAUCGAACGAGCCCGACUUUAACGCCUCAGGUUAACGACCAAGGACCCGAGCCGCCUGGCCCUGUUCCAGAGAGCCCACCCAUCAGUGCACAAGGUGAGCCCGUCAUAGCAGUCGAAGCCGAAUGCAUGUACGGAGACUUUGAGCAGGCGAUGGACCACCUCCGCCGCCGCCUCAUCGCCACCCACAACCCCGAGGAGAUCCGAGGAGGGGGCCUGCUGAAGUACAGCGAUCUGCUGGUGAGGAACUUCAGGCCGGCCAGCGAGACCGAGAUCAAGUCGCUGGAGCGGUACAUGUGCUCCCGCUUCUUCAUCGACUUCCCGGACGUGGGCGAGCAACAGCGCAAGAUCGAGGCCUACCUGCAGUGCCAUUUCGUUGGCAGCGAGGAGGCCAGCAAGUACGACUACCUGAUGACCCUGCGGCGCGUGAUAGACGAGAGCACGGUGUGUCUGAUGGGACACGAGAGGAGGCAGACCCUCAACAUGAUCACGGUCCUCGCCCUGAGGGUGCUGGGCGAGCAGAACGCCAUCCCCAACACGGCCAACGUCACCUGCUUCUACCAGCCGGCCCCGUACGUCACCGAGCCGAUUUACAACAGCUACUACAUCCCCCAGGCCCAGCCCCCGCUCGUCUACCACCCCUACCCUCUGCACGUCCACAUGCAGUCUGGCCUUGUGUAGCCGAAAACGGCACGCCGGCAUGAAGGCAUGCUUUAAGCAUGGCGCUCUGCGGUCAGAGGCACACAUGGAGGUUUCAGCAACAAAAGGCAACGACGGUUGCAGCGUUGUUUAAAGUUUCAAAACCCUUCCUUGCUUAUAACAGACGUUGAGUGGUCAGAGCUGAAGUGGACCUGGAGGUAAAUGCGCAGCCUUUUGAAGAUGAGCCCAAGAGAAGAAACGCGGGCGCUUGUUGAGAGGAUUUCAUCAAAGCUGAGCGGAUUCCGGUUCCCUUUCGGAGGACUGGUCCCCCCUCCUGCAUCGGAGGCAGUGUAAUACGUCUCUUUGCCUAAAUGACAAACAUCGUUAACAUAUUAAAUAUAAUCUGUCACUCGUUGGGCUACAAGGCUCUUGAAAUCUUGGUUUGGAUGAACUUUGAGUGACGAUUAAUGCUGUGGGGUAAAAACACUAUAACCGUUUUGUGACUCAUCCGUCCGGACUACAUUAGGUGAUGCCAUACCCGUGUGUUCCCUGUUUAAAGAUAGGAUGCCUUUUACUGUUGGGUUAGACUAGACAGCGGUACUUCCAUGAUGUUGUAAGUGACGUGUUAGUGGACGUGAAUUGCGAACACCUCAUUUAGUAAGGUUAGAGAAUAACUAUAUAUCGGCUUCAAAAGAAUUGAACAUACUCCUGUCAAAAGGGGUAACAGCGCUCCGAUUUGUAUCUUCAGACAACCCAAAAAUUGAAAACAAUAGUUAAUUCGGAUUCAUUUGUAACAUUCCUUUCAACAGAUAUACAAAAAAAUAUAAGCGAGCUUCUCUAAACGGGAAAUGGCCUGAGAUCAGAUUGACUGUAAAACAAAAGAGGACGUUUUAAAGAAGUGUGGCGCCCGCAUCAGUCAGUGUUGCAGUGGAGAAUCCCAUUAUGGGAGCUCAAAGGUAGUUUUAGUGUGCGUCACCUUCACUGACAUUCAAAGCACAAAGUUACUAAUUAGUACAAGUAGCUCUAGAUGUUUGGCUGUUUUUCUCC